GUUCUCUAAGCUCGUAUCAGUUGGAUGGCAGCGGUGACCGAACGCGUACAGAGAUUUGACCGGCGAUGCUGCUCUUUAUUUCGUUGAUUCUUGCCACGGUUGGCUACGUGCUGUUCAGCUACCACAAGCGCCGACAGCUGCUGCUGAACAUCCGCUCACACUUUGAUGGACCGCCGUCCAAAUACUUCCUCGGGACGGCCCCGAUAUUCUUCGGCAAAAGCAUUCCAGAUAUCUACGACAUCAUCACCGGCUGGCACAAGGUGCACGGGGAAGAUGUGGCCAUUAUCGCUGCGUUCAACGAGUUGGUGCUAGAUUUGUCCAGCUCGAAAAAUGUCGAGAAGGUACUCUUGGCCAAAUCGAUUAAAAAGUCGGAUCCUUACGACUUUAUGGUUCCCUGGCUGGGAACGGGGCUGCUGAUAUCUAUUGGGGAGAAGUGGUUCCAGCGCCGAAAGAUCAUCACUCCGACGUUUCACUUCAAGAUCCUAGAGAGCUUCCUGGAGGUAUUCAACAAGGGAGCGGACGUUCUGAUUGACAAGCUGGACGCCCAUGCUGGCAAGGGAGAGUUUGAUAUCUACGAGCAAGUGACACUGUACGCUCUGGACAGUAUCUGUGAAACUUCGAUGGGAGUUCAGGUGAACGCUCAGAAAGAUCCCAACAAUGAGUACGCGACAGCGGUCAAACAGAUGAGUACCUUCAUCCUACGUCGCGUAUUCAGCGCGUUACGAUCCUUUCCGUCGCUGUUUUUCCUGUAUCCGUACGCACGGGAACAGAAGCGAGUCGUUCGAAAGCUUCACAACUUCACAAACUCCGUUAUCGAUUCCCGCCGGAAGAUGCUUGAACAGGAGCAUGCUAACUCCAAGGAGUCGUUUGAACAGCAGGAAGAAGACGUAUACUUUAAACGUAGAAUCACGUUCCUAGAUCUGCUUCUAAGUGUAACCGUCAACGGGAAGCCUCUGAGUCGUGAGGACAUCCGUGAAGAAGUGGACACUUUUAUGUUUGAAGGACACGAUACGACCACUUCGGGGAUCUCUUUCACCAUCUGGCAUCUGGCCAAGUAUCAGGACGUACAGCAACGGCUGUACGAAGAGAUCGAUCGGAUCCUGGGCAAGGACAAGAAGACCGCCGAACUGACCAACUUGAACAUUCAAGAGUUUGAGUAUCUUGACAUGGUCGUGAAGGAAUCACUUCGGAUGAUCCCGCCUGUUCCCAUAAUUGGAAGAUGCCUGCUAGAGGAUAUGGAAAUGAAUGGCGUAACGAUCCCGGCCGGCACCAACAUCUCCAUCAAGAUCUGUAACAUCCACACGAACCCGAAAAUCUGGCCCAAUCCGGAAAAGUUCGACCCGGAACGGUUCUCCAAGACGAACGAAGACAAACGCGGACCGUAUGAUUUUAUUCCGUUUAGUGCCGGGUCGAGGAACUGCAUCGGGCAGCGGUACGCCAUGAUGGAACUGAAGGUGACCAUCAUAAAGAUGUUGGCUAGCUAUCGGAUUCUGCCGGGGGAGUCGAUGGAUCGGCUGCGGUUGAAGGCGGAUUUGGUGAUUCGACCGGAUGACGUUAUCCCGAUUAAGAUUGUGCGGAGGGAAGUUUGUUAAGAAUGUUAGAGUUUUGAGAUUGAAACUUAAUUUGUCGAAAACAUCAUUAAAUUACAGACUACAAACUUUCUUUUAAAUCUUUUCUGAUGCUUAG